CAGUAGGGCGGGGGUCGGGUGUCCUAAAAGAUGGGUAGGCUGGGCACGAACUACAGGCCCAGAUAUAUCAGCCAGCCUGCUGGGAUGAGUCCUGCCAAGGAACCCGGUCCCCUUGAGCACUUUUGAAGAUUUUAAAUGAAUUAAGCCUGCACCACGCACCCUUGAUCAAGCCCUAGUCUUAGCGUGUCGCCUCAAACCCACGAGUUGUGAUUGACCUGGUCCCUCCAGCGUCAAUGUCUAUCUCGACUGACUACGCUUCAGGAGGGUCUGCGACACCUCCUCAGCUUAAUCCUAGCGUGGGCAUUCUCGGGAAGCGGCGUCAAGCAGAGCCACCGACCUUGGACCCAAUCCUUCCGGCCGACCAGAUCGGAGGCAAUACGGUAGCUUUACGACCCGAGAAGCGUCAUCGCCACAGCGGCCACCUGAACGAACAGCCGGCUAUUGCGUCAGUAAUCAUCCACACGGUCCUAUGUCCGCGUUCCGCCGACGGCCACAAGAGGCACGGUUCCCGGACCCUGUUCCUAGACCAGCCUCGUCUGUUUGGGGGGGACACCAAAGCGAGCGCCCUGCGCGGUAGACAUCCUGCCAACGACGACAUCGAUGAUUACCUUGCGGCAGAUUCCACCAGCUUCGUCGUGGUCCGGAACUACGACUGCGCAAAGUUCCAUAAGUCGAUCCAGGACAGCUUCACGAGGUUCCCACUGCCGGUCGCCGACCAUGAGGCGCCUGCGGAGGCCCAGCCCUACUUCUACUUCCUGGAGCAUGAUACUACGCCCGCGGAGCCUUUGGCCGAGUCCUUCCUGAUCACGCCCGCCUUCGAGGACGCGAUGGGCGAAUUAGUGAAGCUCGAGCCGCUACCAUUCGCGGAGUGGCAGGCGGCGUUAAAAUCGCCGUACCUACAUGCCUUCCACACUCGCCAGCGAAUGCAAAUCCUGACAAACGAGUGUCUUGACGAGAAAGGAGCGGCGUAUGUUCUCUCGUUCCUAGCUUACACCGAGGGUUCGUUCGGGGCGCAAUACUGCGCCGCCGAACACCUGUUUUCGCAGGGGCUAGUCACUCGCGAGCACUUCAACAAGCUAUUCGGCCCGAACGAAGUUGUCGUGAGCAUCGAGGGGGGCGAGCCAGAGGCCUUCGUCGCGACUGUGUGUCACUCCAGCUUUAGUAGCCAAGAGGUACAGCUGGACUGCUACCACUGGUCGUUCGAUGGCGCUUUUCACAAGCAAGAAAAAGACCUUCGGAUCUUAUGGCCAGUUGAGGGCGAUGGCCCAAUCCGUAUCACGGACCUGAGCACGUACCCGCUGAGGUAUGACUCCACUGGCGAGCUAACGAAGACGCUACGGGAGCGAGGCAACAUGUUCUGGUCUUGCAGACAGCGGAGGUUCCUUGGAUAUGCUGACCCAAAACCCUCAUCCGGGCAACUGUCGAAUCCUCGGUAUAUGAUUGACCUAGUCACAUAUCAGGAUUUACACAGCAAUCAACAAGACCAACUGGUGGACCGUCGGGACGACCUUGGAAAGGACAUGGUGGGGUUCAGUCAGCCUCCCAAGGACCCCUUCGUUCUGCUCCUGCCUUCGAAGAUUCUAGGCUUUGGACUACAUGACAAAAAAUGGAGAACGCUGCUGGUUAAGCAUCUCCAUCCCAUAAAGUGGAACAAGAAAGCUUUUGAACGCCUUGUCCUAGACUCGGAGAAGAAAGAGCUAAUCGAGGCCAUGGUUCGGGUUCACGUUUCGUCCAGCAUGUCUACUGACGUCAUCGAGGGCAAGGGCAACGGGCUCAUCAUCCUCCUCCAUGGGGGGCCCGGGACGGGCAAGACUUUGACGGCCGAGAGCGUAGCAGAGCUCGCGGAGAAGCCGCUGUAUCGGGUAACUUGCGGGGAUGUCGGAACGGAUCCCGAGAGCGUGGAGACGUACUUGGAGCGCGUGCUGAAUAUCGGUAGCACCUGGGGAGCUGUUCUUCUACUGGACGAGAGCGACGUUUUCCUCGAGGAGCGAGAGAAGACCGAUCUCCAGCGGAACGCGCUCGUGUCCGUUUUCCUUCGAGCUCUCGAGUAUUACGAAGGCAUCCUAAUCUUGACUUCCAAUCGAGUCGGCAUUUUCGACGAGGCAUUCAAGUCCCGUGUCCAGCUAGCGCUGCACUACCCGCCGCUGGAUUAUAACGGCCGGCGGGAGAUCUGGAAUAGUCUCAUCUGCCUGCUCAGACAGCAGCAGGACGGCGCGUCAACGGGACUGGCUGAGGGCGAGAGCUUCAACAUCGACGAGCUACGGGACAAGCUCGACAUCCUGGCCAAGGAAAACCUCAACGGGCGGCAGAUCCGCAAUGCCAUCACUACCGCCCGACAGCUCGCCCGCUUCCGGGAAAAGCCCCUUGGGUACGCGCACCUGAGUCAGACAAUCCGAAUCGCGAACGAAUUCGAGGCCUAUGUUGAGAAAACACAUGGGCAUAAUGCGGGGGAAUACGCGCGUGGGUCGGGUGUGCGGCUGGAGUAGCUGGCGUGAGGCGGGAUCGACUUCUCCCGUAGGGCGCUUGUUUUGUGACUUUUUUUUGGGCAAUCCCUGUCAUGGUCGGAGUUGCGGUUUUGUUUUUGCUUUAGAUAGGAACGAGCGGAGCAUGGAGCGUAAUAGCAAAUUUUUUGUUUCCAG